AUGGUUUGGUUAGGAGCAUGCUCCAAGGGAUUGACACCAUUGAUCAUUUUGGAUAAGGGGACGGUGUAUCAUCAACGAUACAUCAAUCAAGUGUUACUGGUGGCUUUAAAAUAUGACAACAACGUCUUUGCCAACGAAUGGACGUUCCAGCAGGAUGGUGCCAAGCCACAUACCCAUGUUGCAACUCAAGAAUGGUGCCAGAAUAAUUUCUCAUCAUUUAUAGACAAAGACCAUUGGCCACCAAACUCACCUGAUAUCAAUCUUUUGGACUACUCCAUAUGGGAUGAAUUUGGUCAACAAAUCAACUGGACCAAAGUCCAAUCAAAAAAGACUCUGAUCAAUGAACUAAAACGAGCUGUUAAGCGAAUAAGGGAAUCCGCAGUGUUAGGAAGUUGCCAAGGUUGGACCAACCGCUUGUAUCGCUUGUCAAAUAACAACGGAAAUUAUUUGAAAUAA